AUGUCGACGACCCAGCAGCCCGUCUCCGACGCAAUCCUCACCCAGAUCCUUGGCCGGCUCGAGGCCCUCCAGGUCUCCCAGCAGGCAUUGCAAGCCAAGCUAGAUGCGUUGACCAACCCGCCUGUGAGCCCGGUGUCUUCGCCGCCCCGCAAUGGCAUCCCUAUUCCCCAAGCACACUCGCGAGAGGGGUCCCUGUCCGGGAUCACGGCGACGACGAUCUCGCCCCUGAACUCUUUGACGGGCACGCAGUCGCCACCGACCCCUGCCUUGAAUAUUGACAAGGACAAGCCGUUGGGCGACAAGGAGCGCGAGAGAUUGCUGUACCCGGGGCGAGUCCUGUUGACGACCUACCCGGACCAGCACGGCAUCAAGCCCUACCCUCUCCAAUGGGGCGUCGCAGACCCCUCCCCGAUACUCAAGACCGAGCCGAGCUUCUCGAUCACGCCGCAGCCGGGAUGGUCGGACCCGACGAAGAUCGUCUCGUUCGACCCGUGGGGCCACGUCGUCCCGCAGGUGUUCCGGCGCGAGCUGGAGGAGCUCGGCUUGGAUAUUGACGAGACGACGAGGAAGGGGGACUUGGUGGUGGAUGGGAAGAUUCUGAUCAAGAGCUUGCCGUUGAGGAAUGCGGAUGGGACGGAGAGCACGGCGGACUCUGGUGUGGAGAUUGCUAUCAACAAGGCUGCUGUUGAGCCUGUGUGGUACCUCCCGGGUGUUGCAGAGCGGUUCGGCAUCUCCGAGAGCCUGCUCCGACGAGCACUGUUCGAGGACACCGGAGGCAUGUAUCCCGAACUCAUCACUCGACCAGACAUCAAGGUCUUCCUUCCUCCAAUCGGUAACCUCACUGCGUACAUUUUCGGCAAUCCUGCAUAUCUCCACGACGAGACAAAGGAGCUGACAUUGCGUGUACAUGACGAAUGCAAUGGUUCCGAUGUGUUCGGAUCUGACAUCUGUACAUGCAAGCCAUACCUGAUUUACGCCAUCGAGGAGUGUGUCCGCUGUGCCCAGCGCGGAGGCGUCGGCCUCGUGGUCUACUUCCGCAAGGAGGGUCGUGCGCUAGGCGAAGUUACCAAGUACUUGGUCUACAACCUACGCAAGCGGGGUGUUGACUCUGCAGACAAGUACUUCAAGGCGACGGAGCUCAUCGCAGGUGUCAAGGACAUGCGCUUCCAGGCGCUCAUGCCGGACGUCCUGCACUGGUUCGGUAUCAAGAAGAUCGACAACAUGGUUUCUAUGAGUGACAUGAAAUAUGACGCGAUUGUACAGUCCGGUAUCCCGAUUAUCAAACGCUAUGACAUUCCUGAGCAUCUUCUGCCACCCGACUCUCGUGUGGAGAUCGACGCAAAGAUUGCGGCUGGAUACUUCAGCAACGCGAAAGUUGUCACCGAGGCCGACCUCAUCAAGACUGUCGGGCGCACGUGGGAGGAGACGGAGCAUUGA